UUAGCUGGUGUUAGAAUGGAUGACGACUGCAAUGGCCAUCCCCACUUGUCAGGUAAGUCUAUGGAGGGCAGGGCAUGGACAGUCCUUUGUAUUGGCUGAUUUACUGAACUUAUGGUUGUGACAUUAUCGAGAUGGCUGAAUGGACUGUCAGUAGGCCUACAUCAUUUUGUGUGUGUGGACUGCAGGCAGUGGAGACUCUUCGAUGGAGAGGGAGUUUUCAGGGGCCCUGGGAGGCCCCACAGUGAGCACCCCCAACAGCCAGCACACUUCCCCCAGCCGCUCUCUUAGUGGUCAGUUCCAAUUUGUUAAUUCCUUUGUUGUUGUUGUAGUAGAAGUACUGAACUUUAUUAUUCCCAAGGGAGAGUAUGGCAGUUGGUUUUGUGGCUCAGAUGUUUUUAUUUUACUUUAGCAAGCACAUCCGUGUCUCUGCUCUCAUCAUAUGUCCCUCUCCUGGUCUAAACCCUGUCUCUCUCCAGCCAACUCCAUAAAAGUGGAGCUGUACAGUGAUGAGGAGGCGGGCCGCGGCACGGGGCCAGAGGAUGAGAGAGGGGACAGGGUGGAGGAGGAGGGGGGUUCUGAGCAGGGAGGAGAGGCCGGAGGAGGGGGCUACAGGGAGCUGGCCAGUCCAGAGCCCAUGUCACCAGGAGGUGCCAUCCGGCUGCCCAACGGGAAACUCAAGUGUGACAUCUGUGGGAUGAUCUGCAUCGGGCCCAAUGUCCUCAUGGUGCACAAACGCAGCCACACAGGUGACUGAUCAAUUGAUUGAGUGAUUGAUUGAUUAGUCCUUUAUACAAAAAUAUGAGGUUAGUUUGUUGAGCAGAUCUGCCCCGAAACCAGGUUGACAUUGUAAUUUGGGCACGUGACUGGGAAUGAAACUGAUUUCAAACUGGUUUGUAAUUUGGUUUGUAAGGGGUCGGGUGUAUAAACUGGUAUGUGCCUCCUCCAGGUGAGCGGCCAUUCCAGUGUAAUCAGUGUGGGGCCUCUUUCACCCAGAAGGGGAACCUGCUGCGUCACAUUAAGCUGCACUCGGGGGAGAAGCCCUUUAAAUGCCCCUUCUGCAGCUACGCAUGCCGCAGACGGGACGCUCUUACAGGCCACCUCCGCACUCACUCAGGUGAGAGGGAUACACAUACUGUACACACACUUGGGUGAGGAAAAUAGGGUCUGAGUUGAACAUGUCAGUUCCUGAGCAAAAUACAGAGUUCUGUAUGUAUUCAAGGUAUGUUGACUUUAUCCCUGUCUGUCCCCAGUGUCGUCUCCCACAGUGGGGAAGCCCUAUAAGUGUAGUUAUUGUGGCCGCAGCUACAAGCAGCAGAGCACCCUGGAAGAGCACCGUGAACGCUGCCACAGCUACCUGCAGAGCCUGGAGACACAGCAGCCAGCCAACGCUCACACUCAAGGUAGUGUAGAAAUAAUACAUACACACAUACUCACACACUGUAUGUUACUGCUUCUAUCUAUGGUGUGAUCAUGUCUUUUAUAGAAGAGGAGCUGAGGGACCUGGAGUUCAUGCCUGACAACCUGCUGCAACCUUCCUCAGACAAGAUGGCGUUCAUCGAUCGGCUGGCCCACAGCAUCACCAAACGCAAGAGAUCCACACCACAGAAAUUUGUAGGUAAGCACUUAAUUGGAAUUUGUUUAUGGGGAGGUGAGCAAAGACACCGCUCACACACACAGGUAACACAAAGGGUACAAGAUCAUUCAUGAGAUCAGGUGUCAGUUUAAAAAUAAUGACCGACCUGCACAUCACUAGUUCCUCCCUAUGAGUUGUGGUACAGUGUGAUUCCAUGCCUUCUAUCUGCCCUGCAGGACAGAAGCACAUGCGCCUCAGUCUGGCCGACAUGCCUUACGAGCUCAGCACCGCCUUCGACAAGGAUGGGGAGACGCACCACGGUGGUCUGGAGCAGCAACACUACACUAGCCUGGGAGGAGGGUACCUGGGGGGACAAGGAGGUGGAAGUGGUGGUGGAUCUGAAGGCCUCCGACCCCUACGGUUGCCUCUCCCUCACCCCUCCUGCCUGUCGGAGCUCCGGCCGGUCAUCAGCUCGGCUCACACCCCCAUGGCUACACAGGGGCCGAGGCUGGACUGCACUGGGGCCGGGGCUGGCCUAGGGUCCACGGGUGUGGGGGGCAGGGAGGCUGCAGAGGGCCACGAGGACCUGCCUCCUGGCUGCAGCCACGGCCCGUCACCUAGCAACGGUUGCCAGGACUCAACGGACACAGAGAGCAUGCCGGAUGAAGUGUUUAGCAGUGUGGCGCCUGCCCUGCCGCUCAAUAACAACAACAAUCACCACAACCUCCGCCACCUCCACUCCAACCACCACCCUCCUCCUCCGCCCCUACUGCACCACAGGGGCAUGGACAGCCCAAGCCACACCAAAGACAGGGAUGGAGAGAGGGACAGGGAGGAGGGUGGCCACCCUGUUGUCCCCCCACCUCCUGCCCUGGCCCCAGGCUCCCCUACCUCCAGGCAGGCGUUUCGGGUGGUGGACGGAGAGGGGCACACAGUGCGCUCCUUCCGCUGUGAGCACUGCCGUGUGCUCUUCCUGGACCACGUCAUGUUCACCAUCCACAUGGGCUGCCACGGCUUCCGCCAGCCCUUCGAGUGCAACAUCUGUGGCCACCGCAGCCAGGACCGCUAUGAGUUCUCCUCCCACAUUGUCCGUGGAGAGCACCUGCCAGGCUGA